AUGCGGCCAAGCUAUCGGGUCCUUGCGGCUCCUGUCACUCAACCAUUUCGUCCUGGUCAACGAGCUCCAGCACUUGCUCUCCUCCCACCUAUUCCUCUAUACCGAAGACUGCUACGGAUUCAUCGCAAGAAGCUGGGUCCAGAAGAACGAAUAUUUGGAGAUACAUAUCUCAAAGCCGAGUUCCGUAGACAUCGAGACAUUGAGAAUCCUUUGCACAUUGUGGGGUUUCUGACCGAAUGGCAAAACUACGGACAACAGCUUGAAGGAGAGGGCUGGAAAGACCAAAGAAUUGACCCGGCGUUAGUGGACAAGAUGAGCGAUCAACAGAUUGGUCAAAUGUACGAGCUCAUGCAGGCGAUACAGAAGACAGGACGCGAUAUUGUGGACGAGGAAGAGGAGGGUCGGAUACUCGAGGCUAUUGAGGAAGCUUCGACGGGAAGGAAAAGGUCGUGA